AUGGUGUUGGAUGCUGGAUUUUCAGAAAAUAUGAGCAAGUUCUCAUAUUUUCCAUCUGGGGUUGUUGACGACAAUCGAAUGGAGUUGUAUGAUGAUGGUGAUGUUAGAAAGAUGAUGAGUUCAUCACAGGAGAUAGAGAUAAUGAAUCUUUAUGUGGUUAGGGAAGAUGAUUCGUUUCUUGAUGAUGUUCUUGUUGGAGAAGUGGAAGAAGAGGAACCGCAAGAUGAUGGUGAAGAGUAUGAUUUUUACCGCCAUGAUUAUGUGGAGAGUGAUGAUUCAGAUGGUGAUGGUGAUGGUGAUAAGAUAGAAUUUUAUGUAGGCCAGGAAUUUGUUUCCAAGGAGAAGUGUAAGGCGACAAUAGAGAAAUAUGCUGUGAGAGAGAAGGUGAAUAUUCACUUUCCGAAGUCUGAGAAGAAGAAAGUACAAGCUGUAUGUGUUCAAGAUUGCUGCAAAUGGCGUCUAUAUGCAUCAAUAAACAGCCGCUCAGACAAAAUGAUUGUGAGAUCACUGGAAGGAACACAUAGCUGUUAUCCUACUGGAGUUGUCGACCUCUACAGUGCACCGAAGAUAGCUGCUGAUUAUAUCAACGAGUUUAGGACCAAUCCUCAGCUCUCAGCAGAACAAAUUCAACAAAGAUUGGGACUUGUUGGGCUUCGGGUCACAAAAACAAAGUGUCAGAGUGCCCAACAGAUUAUGAAACACAUCAUAAGUGAUGAAUAUGCUGAGCAGUUUACAAGGAUGUAUGACUAUGUUGAGGAGCUGAAGAAAACGAAUCCUUGUUCUACGGUGAUAUUAGGUACCAAAGAUAGAAUUUUUGAGAAGUUCUACACAUGUUUUGCAUCUCAGAAAAAUGGCUGGAAGAAUGCAUGUCGUAGAGUUAUCCAUUUGGAUGGUACUUUUCUAAAAGGCCAAAUGAAAGGGAUAUUGUUGAGUGCUGUGGGAAGAGACCCAAAUGAUGCAAUGUAUAUUAUUGGAUGGGCUAUUGUACCAGUGUAA